AUGGCGCGGCUCCUGAGACUCUGCACUUGGCUGCUGGCGCUCAGCUCUGGGCUCCUGGCGGCUGUGCGGGCGGAAUGCAGUCAGGACUGCGCGUCGUGCAGCUACCGCCUGGCGCGCCCGGCCGACAUCAACCCUCUGGCUUGCACACUGGAAUGUGAAGGAAAACUGCCUUCUUUGAAAACCUGGGAAGCCUGCAAGGAGCUGCUGCAGCUGUCCAAGCUGGAGCUUUCUCAAGAUGGCACCAACACCCUCCAAGAGAAUGGCAAACAGGAGGAGAGCCAUUUGCUAGCCAAGAAGUAUGGGGGUUUCAUGAAGAGGUAUGGAGGCUUCAUGAAGAAAAUGGAUGAGUUUUAUCCCUUGGAGCCUGAGGAAGCGGCAAAUGAAGGGGAAACCCUUGCCAAGAGAUAUGGGGGCUUCAUGAAGAAGGAUGCCGAGGAGGACACCUUGGCCAACUCCUCGGAUCUGCUGAGAGAGCUGCUGGGAACAGGGGACAGAGGAGAGGGUGGCCCCCACCACGAGGGCAGUGACAAUGACAAAGAAGUGAGCAAGAGAUACGGGGGCUUCAUGAGAGGCCUAAAAAGAAGCCCCCAACUGGAAGACGAGGCCAAAGAGCUGCAGAAGCGAUAUGGCGGCUUCAUGAGAAGGGUGGGCCGCCCUGAGUGGUGGAUGGACUACCAGAAAAGGUACGGGGGCUUCCUGAAGCGCUUUGCAGAUUCUCUGCCCUCUGACGAAGAAAGCAAGAGUUAUUCAAAAGAAGUUCCCGAAAUGGAAAAACGAUAUGGAGGGUUUAUGAGAUUUUAG